CAGAAGGGAGGGGGAGGAGUAAUUUGAUAUCAACAAACAAGGAUUUGUGUGCGGGCGGGCAUUGCUGCAAGACUGGCUGCCGUCUGGUAGCAUUGACUGCAUCACAUUGCUGUACAGAUAGGGUUUAUUUUCAUGUCAGGAUGGCAGCGGCUAGCCAAGCGGAGAGAUCCGUACUGGAGGAAGAGUUUCAAUGGCUUCUGCGAGAAGAGGUUCACUCUGUCCUCAAGCAGCUGCAGGAUAUUCUGAAGGAGGCCUCACGUCGGUUCGCUAUGCCUGCAGGGGGUCUCGAGAGCCAGCUUAAACAGGAGAAUUUCAUACUCGGCAGCUCAACGACGGACCAGGUGAAGGGGGUCCUGACGCUGCAGGGGGAGGCUCUCACACAGGCAGACAUUAACAUUAAAAUGGUCAAAAGUAACCAGGUUUUCCACUUCACAUUCCGAGAGGACAAACAGUGGAAAAUGCAGCAGAUUCAGGAUGCUCGAAACCAUGUGAACCAAGCUCUUCAGUUGUUAAGCAGUCGCGAUGAGAGCUACCAUUUCAAAACAGGAGCCGAGGUCAAUAAGCUGAUGGAUGCUGUAAUGCUUCAGCUAUCGAGGGCUCGCAAUCGCCUCACUACUCCAGCCUCCAUGACUCUGCCAGAAGUGGCCUCCAGCAACCUAAUGAAAAUGUUCACCCCUCCGCUUCCUGGAGACGUGCUGGUAAAUUUCUACAUUAACCUCAGUAAGCUUUGCCUGACGGUCUAUCAGCUUCACCUCCUGCAGCCCAGUUCAAACAAGAAUUUUAAACCCGCUGGAAGUUCAGUGUUACAUAAUCCUGGUGCAAUGUUUGAGGUGAACACCCUGAAGUUUGAAGUGAGCCACGUCCAUAAAGUGGAGUGCGUGGUCCCUUGGCUGAACGAUACCCUGGUUUUCUUCACCAUUUCUCUGCAGUUGUGUCAGCAGCUGAAAGAUAAGAUUUCUGUGUUCUCCAGCUACUGGAACUACAGGCCUUUCUAACCCAGUCUGCACACUUCCAGUACUGCCUUGCUUUACUGAAGGACAGCCAUGAACUGUGGUGCCGUGCUCCUGUUACUGACACUAAUGAUGCUCCUACCUGUACUACUGGAUACACAGGCUGUUCAGUGCACACUGAUUAUUUACAAACCCUUUGAAAAUGAGUUGAGUGACUAAAAACUCUGUUGAUGGAUUUGCUCCUAAAUGGACCAUGCGCUCCUUGGCUGGGUGGUGUUUAUGUUUAGGUCCCUUGGAACAUAGGCACCCACAGGCAUGAGCUCUAUAUGUUUCAUUGUAACAUGUGCCCUACACUACUUAACUGUACCUUAUAUUCAUUUUACAUUUAAAUAUAAAAACUAAAAAGGGAGCUUGUUCAAUUCCAGACAUGCUGUGUAGCGGGAACCCUAAGCCUGGUGUGUUGCAGCUCACUAGUUUUACUAAUGUCUUGAAUGAGUGCAUUUUGAAGAUUGUGAUCAAACCUUAGUCCUGUUGAAUAGCUACUAAAAUAAAGGUAAUUUUCACAUACGCAGAAUCGCUAGAAAACAUUCGCCCCUUUAAGAGGGACAUUGUUUUUUAUUUAUCUUAUGGAACAUGCACGCUUGUGUUCUUGUGAACCGUGAUUCCAACCAUUCAAUUAGCUUGGUUUAUUUUAACAAAUGGUUGUCAGUGUUAAGAUAAUGAACAAUUUCUUCUGUUGAACUGCCUCACUUUUGAGUCACACUAAUUGUUGUCAUAUAAAUGCACUUUUGGUUGUAAUGUUAAAAGUAUGGAUUUGCUGUACCCCUAAUCCCUCAUUUAUGAAUGUUGAAAAAUGUUGUGUUGAAAUAAGCUAUUGUUAACGUGUUGCACGAUGAGUAUGUGAAGCAACGCUCUCCAGUGUAUGUGCAAUAAAACAAAGUAAGAAAUCUCA